AUGAAAGGUUUUUAAGAACUUAUAUCAAAAGGAUAUAUACAUAGAGAUAUAAAACCCCAAAAUUGUUUAAUAAAAAAUAAUAUUUUCAAAAUAGCAGAUUUCGGUUUUGCUACAAAAGCAGAUUUAAAGGGAAGAAAAUUACUUAAAGAUUGUGUAGGAACACCCCUAUAUAUGGCUCCUUAAUUAUUAGAGAAUUCCUCAUAUACAGCCAAAAGUGAUUUAUGGUCAAUUGGAAUGAUGUUUUAUGAAAUGAUUUUCGGAAAAACUUCUCCUUUAAGAUUUCCUUAUGAUAAACCAAUAGGGAUUUAAACUAAGAAUUUUUUAGUAAGAUGUCUUACUAUUGAUGAGAAGAAACGAAUUGGGUGGGAUGAGAUAUUUUAACAUUCUAUAUUGAAAAUGGAGAGUGGGAAAGUGGAAGUACCUGAGGUGGUUUUAGAUAUGAAAUCGAAGUUAAUUUUGAGGAGUAUGUAGAAGAUUGUUUAGAUGAACAAUUUAAAUAUAAAUAAUAUUUUUAAUAAAUAUGAUGUGGAUGGGGGAGGGUCUUUAGAUGAAAACGAAUUUUUUUAUCUUCUAAGAAUGAUUGAUAAAAGGAUUUCGGAAGAUGAAUCGAAUUAUGUUUUUAAUGUUGUGGAUUCCUCUAAAGAUAAAAAGGUUACUUUAUAGGAAUUUAGUACUAUUUUUUGCAAUUAUGAUUUUAGUGAUAUUGAAGAUCGGGUAGGGAAUAUUAUUACAGAUUUAAGGGAAAUUAUUAAGGCUAAUGGACUUAAAUUGAAAUAAAUGUUCGUUAAUUUUGAUACGGAUUAAUAUGGGACUUUGGAUAAACUGGAAUUUGAAAAUUUAAUUAAAAUUGUAGCACCAGCUUUGAAAAAUGAUGAAAUUGAUUAGUGUUUUGAUUAGUUCGAUAUUAAUAAGGAUGGGAAUAUCUCUUUUGAUGAGUUUGUUAAGGCUCUUACAGUUUAGGAAGAGGGAAAUAACGAUUUAAGUGUUUAGAAAGCGAAAAAAAUAAUUGGGGAAUUAAGGAAAACUUGCAAAUAAAAUAAUAUCGAUACGCAUAUUAUAUUUAAUAAUAUUACUAAAAAAAAAGAACCUUUUUUAGAUGUUGGGUAAUUUGAGAAACUUAUUAAAAUUAUUGAUAAAAAUAUUAGUAGUGAAGAUCUUAAAAACGCUUUUAGCUUGUUUGAUGUCAAUAAUGAUGGGAAAAUCGAUUAUAAUGAAUUUAAUUAAAUUCAUAUUUUUGAGUUGUUUUAUAGAUAAUAUUAAAUAUUAUAUUAAUAUUCAUGA